ACGAACUCAUAUUUCUGUUAGUAUAUAUACAGUCAUUCAACAACAUUGCGGAACAGUACAGGUGCAGUGAAAUCGUUGUCAACAUCAAUAACUCAUUAAGCAUUCUCUAGAGCUGACGCCGUUCAAGGAACCAUUGUCGCCUAAAUUUCGCAAAUUACGAUAAAAAAUUAUCUUCUCAGACCGUCUCCGGCCACUUUCUCUCAAUUUUGAUAUUCCAAGGGGUUUGGAGGAGUUGUGCCCCAGUGAAGAUCGAAAUAGCCAGUGAAUGAGCAGAUUUCUCCCCUCACAACUGCGUUUUCUACGUGCGAGUGAUCUUACGAAAAUGGGUGUCAGCAGCAAGAUGUCUGAUUCUAACCCUGAGAUGAGGUCAACAGCAGCGAGAAUUUGUCGUGAAUCUUUAGCUGGAAUUUGGAAACACGUCAACUCGGAUAACAUUGUCGUCAAGCAUAUAAGUGGGGGUCUCAGUAACUGGAUGUACCUGGUGCAGUUACCAGAAGGCACUGUUCCACUGCGCGGGGAACCCCGUCAGGUGCUGAUACGAAUCUAUGGUCAAAUGCAUGGAGAAAAGACAGUGGAAAGUAUGAUCACGGAGUCUGUUAUAUUUGCUUUACUCUCAGAGAGAAAGUUGGGGCCAAAACUCCACGGUCUCUUCCCUGGUGGUAGGAUUGAAGAGUACAUUCCAGCUCGUCCAUUGCUUACUAAGGAGCUAGCUGAUCCAGAGUUGAGUGCAUUGGCAGCUGAGAAAAUGGCUCAGAUACAUAGAAUGCAGGUACCAAUUAACAAAGAACCCACAUGGCUGUGGAACUCUAUGGCUAAUUGGCUGGGUACUGUUGAAGAGGUACUGAAUAAUUUUGGAGAUAUUGACGACAAGCACAUGGCUAUUGUUGAUAACAUAAGGUCUCUGCAGCUUGAAAAGGAGAUUGCGUGGUGUAGAAAUGUGGUAAAUCAGCAGAAGCACGAGGUGGUCUUCUGUCACAACGACAUGCAGGAGGGCAACAUUCUCCUUCGUCAAAAUACCCGCAAACGUGAAUUAGUGCUAAUAGACUUCGAGUAUUCGGCGUACAAUUAUCGUGCUUUUGAUGUAGCUAAUCAUUUCGUAGAGUGGCAGUACGAUUACACAGCCUCGGAGUAUCCAUUCUACUACGAGAGACAGAAUGCUGAGCCCACGGAUGAACAAAAGCUCCACUUCAUUAGACAUUACUUGAAAACACUGGGCAAGGAGGAUCCGCUUGAAGAGGAGAAAUUGUUGGAUGAAAUUAAAGUUUUCACGAUGAUUAGCCAUCUGCUGUGGGGAUUGUGGGGCAUUGUCAAUUCUAAUUCACAGAUUCCCUUUGGGUACUUGGAAUUUGCUGACAGUCGAUUGAGGAGCUACCAGUGCUUAAAAGAAAAAAUGAUUGUAUCUGGACCAAUACGAUGUGGUGUAAAAAGGAAGGACGAGCACAACGAUUGAAUCUGAUGCUUUUUUUUUCAUUCACUUUGAGAAAAAGAGUCCAACUCAAGACCCAAUUGUUGAUCAGAGAGUAAAAAAAAAUAAUGAAUGAACUGCCAGAAGAGUGAGUGGAUGUUUAUACCAACUGAAUGAUUGAUUGCUUCCGUGAUAAUAAUUGACAUUGUCGUUAACGCCAGUUUAAUGAUCAUCGAUAUCGAUACAAUCAUCGAUCGAUGUUGAGGGUGAGGGAAGAGAGUUUAUCAACCUACCUCAAAAAUGUGAUACAUAGAUUAAGAGCGAGGAAUUGCUAUCUUUUGAUAAGUGAGGAAGAAUAGGUAAGAGAUCAUCAAUUAAACUUGCUUGGACCUCAGAUGAAUUUUAUUCACAAUGUCAAUAGUUAAGGUUGGAUUUUCAAUACAUAUUGUCUAUCCUCCUCAAUUAUCAACGAAAUAAUCGAUGAGAUCAAAAAUUAGCGAACUACUUGACCUGAAAAUAUCGUCACAGAAAGAAAAAGAACAACGUGUCUUUGAAUAACGAAAGAACUUUACUGACGUUGAUUAAUUUUCGUAUCAUGAGGCAUUUGUGACUUGAAAACAUUUAAUGUGUGUUAUUUUGAGGGAUUGUCAAUUAAGAAGCGGAAUGUGGCAUCAUUUUUAUUACGACCAGAUGUGGAGUAACGAAUAGUCGAAUAGUUGUUACGUUUUUUAGCCAGCUUUCGUUAAAGGGCUUUUUCGGAGUGAGUUGUUCGUCGAUGGUAGUCUUUUUUAAUGAGAAACGACGUCUUCAGUAUUUUCAAUCGACAGCAAGUGGCCUUGUAUUAUUUUUAUCAAUCAAACGUAUUUUAUUCUCCUCGCGGAUGCUCUCAACUGCUUAUUUUCGAGUACUAAACGCAAUCCUUGUUUCGAAAUAAAGUUAGCUGGGUGUAAGAUCUUCGCCGAUAAAAAAUGAACAACUUCGUCAUCAACAACAGUAUUAAUAUGUCGAUAUUAGGCAGUUGGUAUUAAGCCCCUCCAUGUUUUAUUGGAGAUAUCCAACAGCAUAAAAGCCAGUUGGUACUACAACAUUCAACGCUGUAUACCAAUUGGCCAUAUAAUUAGUACUUAUUGAACAUCCAUUGAUGUUGAUUUAUUGAUUGAUGACACCGACUUUGGUUAUUGAAAAGAAGGACCAUUUACUUAAAACUAUGUCUUUAUUUUAUUCAGUUGAUUGGUCCUAUUUCAUAAAACCGGUAUUUAACCAAUAAUGCGGGAGUACUUAUGGGAAAAACUAUAUUUUUUUCGAUAACUGGGUAUCUUAACUGCAUAAAAAUUUCAAUGAAACAUUAUUCUAAUGAAAAAUCAUGACUAUUAUUUAACCUUCAUACGUUUGAUGAUUUUUCAAUUGUAAAUAUUAGUGCCUUCUGUUAUUUUUUCAUCAUUGAUUCUGUAUACGUGUAUUUUUAUUGAUAGCUGAAAGUUUAUUUCAAUAAAAUUAUUACUGGA